CCUCCAAGAACAAUCAACUCAUGGAGUAGAGGCUUGAGGAUAGACAAAGGCGUCACUUCUGUUAUUGUAACCACCUCAAAUUACUUCAUGAUCCAUUUGCAGAAGUUACAUUUAACUUUCUGGAGAAUUGUUGCUGCACAGUUAGUAAAUGUGUAUGAAGCAAUUUCAACUGAAUGUUAAAAGAUCUUUGUGGAGGACCUGGCAGAUAUGUGGAGCUGUGUCAUCUUAGUCUUGACGUCUCUAGCACCCUUGGCAUUAAGUUUGAACACAAGAACUAAAGCCAUUGCUAAUGUAACAAGGUUGAAACCAGUCUACAACUUUGGCAGGAGCUUUCUGGGUUUGGACAAAUGCAAUGCCUGUGUAGGAACAUCUCUGUGCAGAAAGUUCUUCAAAGAAGAAAUCAGAUUUGAGAACUGGCUGUCUGCAGAUUUGAAGCUCCCUCCCAGCCACAGGAAGACAUAUUUUGCAAAUUACUCUGCUGAUGCUGAGAGCUGGAAGCCAGUCGUCAUCUCUCGGUUACAAAGCAAGUAUCAGAAUGAACUUUCUGAUAGGAAAAUUUGCAUCUCAGCAUCAAAGAAAGUUAAAUGCAGCAUUGAAAAUGUUCUGAGAGGCACAGAACGUUUCCAGAAAUGGAUGACAGCUGAUCGGCUCACUGCUGAGCUAGUUCAGAGUCUCCCUAGCCCUUUGCUAAGAUGUCCAUCCCAGCGGCUGUUGGACCGGAUUAUUCGACGUUAUGCUGAAGUGAGGGAUUCAGGUAGUGUCCUGAUGCGACAUUUCACUGAUCGGAACAAACUGCGCCUGCUCUAUACCCUGUCUGUCAACACCCACCCCAUUAUCCUGCAGCUUUUUCCAGGGGCAGAAGGAUGGCCAUUUGUUCGAUACUUUGGAUCUUGUGGUCGAGUAAUUGUGACUCCUUGGAUUAAUCCUAUCAGAGAGUUUUAUAAUGCCUCUCUGGAGAUUGCUGCAGACAUAGCCCACCAGCUCCUGCAAAUUACUCACUCCCUGAGAAACAAUGACUUGAAUUAUUUCUUCUACUAUACCAGCAUCCAUGAUGACAUGUUUGGCACUUUUGAGGAUGGACGUCUUUACAUCACUGACACCAGCACAAUAGGUAUCAUUGACAAACAGGAAGAUAAAGCAUUCGUCCAUGAAAUAUCUGGAAAAAAAGAUGUCUUCUCCUGUUUGGCUUCAGACUGUAAAACAGACCUUUUCCCUUGUGAGAAGAUUAGUGAGGCACAGAACUUUAUAAAGAUUUGUAGGGACAUCCUGCCUCGCUUAUUAGCAGGGAAAUUCAGCUCGUCUCCAUCUCUCCAGCAGAAAGUAGAUAGAUUUCUGAAGCUCUGCAGUGAUGAAAUGCUCUCAACCAAGGUUACUCUUGAGGCAGCUGGUUGGCUUAUGGAAUUGUUAAAAUCCCAGCGUUCUUGUGAUCCUCAUUUUGAAUACAGAUAUCCAGAAUGUAAAUACAUUAAAGGAUAUUGAUAUCCAA